AUGGUCGGCCUCACCUCAGCUGCCGGCGUUGUCGGCUUUCUUUCCGAACCAGAUCCGGCCUUGCGGUCCUUCGCUCUACAUCGGUUGAACGAGGAAAUCGACCUGCUGUGGCCGGAAGUCGCUGGCUCUGUCAGUCAAAUUGAGGCCCUCUACGAGGAUGAGUCGUUCCCGGAGCGAGAACUCGCAGCUCUCGUUGCGGCAAAGGUCUACUAUCAGCUGCAAGAAUACAACGAAAGUAUGGUCUUUGCGCUCGGUGCUGGCAAGCUGUUCGAUAUCCAUCAUGCGGGGGAGUUUGAGGAGACAAUCUUGGCCAAAUGUCUAGAUACGUAUAUCGCCUUGUCCGCCAUGCAUAACCCUCCGACACCGAUAAGCAGAGCGAACCAAGCCCCACCCCAGCUAACGACGUCUUUCGACCGCAACGCCGCGGGAGGCGCUAGUACAUCAGCAGGCCUGACAUCUCCAAUAACGCCUUUCUCACAGUCGGCUUUGCCUUCGAAGUCGUUACUGUCCCGCGAGGAUUCGUCCACAUUCGAUCCUAACCUUCCUGGUGGCGGCAAUGCCGGUAUUGCAGGAGCCCAUCCUACUCCUCUUGUCCUGCAGCGGAGCGUACAGAAGAACCUCCAAGCGACCAUACGGCGAAUCUUCGAAAGCUGCUAUGAGAACGGCGAUUACAAGCAGGUCGUCGGAAUAGCCAUUGAAGCUAGAAAUCUGGAAGUUCUACGAGAAUGUUUCCUCCAAGCGAGCCAAGAAGAGAAGAAGCAGGGCAAGAAGCCAGCCGGCUCGCCUAGCAAGAGCGAAGAGUUGAUGGAGUACGUUCUGGACAUAUGCAUGAAUGUAGUGCAGGAACGGGGUCUGAGGAAUGAGAUCUUGCGCCUCAUACUCGAUCUGUUGAACGAGAUCGCCAAUCCGGAUUAUUUCUCUAUCGCGAAAUGCGUCGUCUAUCUAAACCAACAUACUUUGGCGUCGAACCUCAUCCAGCAACUCAUUAAGCGCGGUGACAGCAAGUCGCUCGCUAUCGCCUACCAAAUCGCAUUCGACAUAUAUGAAAAUGGCACGCAGGAAUUCCUGGCAAAAGUGAUCGAAGAGCUACCAAAGGAGGAGAAGAAUGAGGACAAACCCUCGGCUAACGGUGACGCCUCACAGAAACCUCAGUCUGAAGAGGCUGGAGAGACCGAAGGACUUCUCUCGAACAUCGACACGAGCAACGUAUCUACUGUUGUCUCACGCACAAAGCAGCAAACCGCGUCAGAAGAAGAAAUGAAAGCUUUCACAUCGGUACGUGAGGUGCUUCAAGGUACCAAGAGCAUUGAGCUCAAUCUUGAAUUCUUGUACCGGAAUAAUCAUGCGGACAAGAACAUUCUCAACAAGAUCCGGGACAGCUUGGAGUCAAGGAAUUCCAUCUUCCACACCGGCGUUACUUUCGCAAAUGCGUUCAUGAAUGCCGGUACAACCAACGAUACUUUCUUCCGGGAGAACUUAGAUUGGCUGGGCAAGGCUGUCAACUGGUCCAAAUUCACUGCUACAGCUGCUUUGGGUGUAAUCCACCGCGGUAACAUCACCCAAGGACAGAAGUUGCUCGACCCUUACCUGCCCAAGGAUACCGUAUCGUCAGGUAGUCACUACGAGCAGGGCGGAUCACUUUACGCUUUGGGUUUGAUUUACUCAAACCACGGAACCCACGUGCUGGACUACCUGCUGAAACAAUUCCAAAAUGCCUCGGAAGAGGUCAUUCAGCAUGGCGGUGCCCUUGGCCUGGGUGUCGCCGGCAUGGGCACAGGUUCAGAGGAGAUCUUUGAGGCCUUCAAGGCCAUUCUCUACACCGACUCAGCCAUCAACGGAGAAGCCGUCGGUCUUUCCAUGGGUCUUGUCAUGCUCGGCACCGGAAACAUCAAGGCGCUCGAAGAUAUGAUUCAAUAUGCUCACGACACUCAGCACGAGAAGAUUGUUCGAGGUCUGGCUAUGGGCAUGGCUCUGAUUAUGUAUGCUCGGGAGGAGGCCGCUGACGAACUCAUCAACGGCCUACUUGAUGACCCCGACCCGACCCUACGUUAUGGAGGUAUAAUGACCCUUGCUCUUGCAUACUGCGGCACAAGCAGCAACAAGGCGGUGCGUAGGUUGCUCCAUGUUGCUGUCAGCGAUGUCAACGACGAUGUUCGCCGGGUCGCAGUUAUGAGUUUGGGAUUUGUAUUAUUCAGGAAACCUGGAAGCGUACCCCGUAUGGUUGAGCUUCUGGCCGAGUCGUACAACCCUCACGUCAGGUACGGUGCUACCAUGGCUCUCGGUAUUGCCUGCGCAGGUACUGGUCUCGACGAAGCUAUCGAUCUCCUGGAGCCGAUGAUGAAGGACUCGACCGACUUUGUCCGACAAGGUGCUCUCAUUUCUCUCGCCAUGAUAAUGGUACAACAGAACGAGGCCAUGAACCCCAAGGUGGCCACGAUUCGUAAGACACUCACCAAGAUCAUUGGCGACCGACACGAGGACGCCAUGGCCAAGUUCGGUUGCGCACUUGCCCUGGGCAUCAUUGACGCAGGUGGCCGGAAUUGCACAAUCGGCCUUCAGACACAGACCGGCAACUUGAACAUGACUGCUAUCGUAGGCAUGGCAGUCUUCACGCAAUACUGGUACUGGUUCCCGUUGACACACUUCCUUUCCCUCAGUUUCACGCCCACGGCUAUCAUUGGCGUGGACCAGGAUCUCGAGAUUCCGACUUUCAAGUUCCAUAGCAACACCCGGCCAAGCAUGUUCGAUUACCCACCUGAGCAGGAGGUCAAGGCGGAAGAAGCACCGAAAGCGAUCAAGACGGCGGUUUUGUCCACGACUGCCCAAGAUAAGCGACGAAAAGCAGUGAAGGCGCGACAACAACGACGAGAGAGCAUGGAUGUCGACCAAUCACCCACGACACCCAAGAUCCAAGCUUCAGACGAUGAUAAGAUGGACAUAGAUGAGGAGAAGAAAGACGAUAAAGAGAAAGAGGGCACUCCGGCUGCGGAGUCGUCAAAGAAGAAGGCCGAGAAGGAGAAGGUUGGCUACGACCUUGAGAACAUGUCGCGCGUAUUGCCCGGUCAGGUGAAGUACAUCAGCUUCCCCGAAGAGCGAUUUAUUCCUGUCAAGAAGCCUACUGGUGGUGUUGUACUUGUUCAUGAUACGAAGCCUUCAGAGCCGAAAAGUCUGCUCGAGCUGAAGGUCAAAAAGGCAGUGCAAGCUCCCGCACCUGGUGCAACAGGUUCGUCAGGCGACCACGCACCGGCCGGAGUACAAGCUGGUCCUGAAGCAGAAGAUGUAGAUGACAACCUGGUGGAAGAAGGAGACGCAGAGGCAUCAGUACCCGGGGAGUUCGAGUACAUUUCAGACACUGGGGAAGGUGAUGAAGACUAG